AUGCAGGACGGAGUGGGUUUGAUGAGGUGCGACGAGGAGCGCCUCUGGCCGCCAUUCGUGUCGUUGUCCUCGUUCACUAGGGAGUUAGGUGGGCGAGUUCCGGUGUCGAGAGGAGAAGACAACGCGGGACUAGCCAGGAGAAGAUUGUCGCCACGUGGUCGCUUGGAGAAGAAGUCUGGCAGCCUUGGUGAUGGUCCUGGAGAAGAAGUCUGGCAGCCUUGGUGA